AUGGUUGGAUCGGAAAGUUUGGGUUCGUCUCCUUCCCCUGCGGAGGCGGAGAAAAAGCAGUCACCGAAGCAGUGGGGCGUGACGAGGCCUCUGUCGCAUGCGGGGCCCACCGAUGCGGAUAUUCAGAAGAACAAGGAGUUGGAGAAGUUUUUGGUGGACUUGGGACUUCAUGAGAGCGCGGAAGGAGCUGCCAAGAGGGAGGAGGUUCUGGAUAGACUGAGAAAAGUUGUGAAGGAUUGGGUCAAAGAUCUUACUCGGUUGAGGGGAUACACAGAAAAAAUGGUGGAAGAUGCCAAUGCCGUUAUUUUUACUUUUGGUUCUUAUAGACUCGGAGUACAUGGUCCUGGUGCUGAUAUUGAUACUUUGUGUAUUGGACCGUCUUAUGUUAGUCGGGAGGAAGACUUCUUUUAUGUACUGCAUAACAUGUUAGCUGAGAUGGAAGAUGUUACCGAACUCCAACCAGUGCCUGAUGCUCAUGUUCCUGUCAUGAGAUUCAAGUUUGAUGGAAUAUCAAUUGAUCUUUUAUAUGCAAGUAUUUCUCAACUGGUUGUUCCAGAUGAUUUAGAUAUCUCAAGUAUAUCCGUGUUGCACAAUAUAGAUGAACCAACUGCACGUAGCCUUAAUGGAUGCAGAGUAGCUGAUCAAAUUCUUAAGCUUGUUCCAAAUGUUGAGAAUUUUAGGGUGACUCUACAAUGCCUAAAGUUCUGGGCUAAGAGACGUGGUGUUUAUUCAAAUGUGAUGGGGUUUCUUGGUGGUGUGAACUGGGCUAUUCUGGUUGCUCGUUUGUGUCAAUUUUAUCCCAAAGCAAAUCCCAGCAUGCUAGUUUCUCGUUUCUUCCGUGUUUAUACAAUGUGGCGCUGGCCUAAUCCUGUGAUGCUUUGUGGUAUAGAGGAUGAUGAACUUGGAUUCUCUGUAUGGGAUCCUAGAAAAAACCCUUGGGACCGCAAUCAUCUCAUGCCUAUUAUAACCCCUGCCUACCCAUGCAUGAAUUCUAGUUACAAUGUUUCAGCAAGUACCCUUCGGGUUAUGAUGGAGCAGUUUGAACUUGCUAAAAAAAUCUGUGAGGACAUCGAGCUGAACAAAUUGCAGUGGAGUGCCUUGUUUGAACCGUAUCUGUUCUUUGAAAGCUAUAAAAAUUAUUUACAGGUUGACAUCAUUGCCUCUGAUCCUGACGAUUUGCGUUCUUGGAGAGGUUGGGUUGAAUCCCGGCUGAGGCAGUUGACUCUGAUGAUAGAACGGGACACCUGUGGGAAACUACAGUGCCAUCCUUACCCACACGAUUACACGGAUUCUUCGAAGCAGUGUGCUCAUUGUGCCUUCUUCAUGGGUUUACAGAGGAAACAAGGGGAAGUCAUUCAAGAGGGCCAGCAAUUUGAUAUCCGCCAGACAGUUGACGAGUUUAGGCAUCAGAUAAACUCAUACCUGUACUGGAAGCCUGGGAUGGAUAUAUACGUAUCUCAUGUCCGUAGAAAGCAAAUCCCCUCGUAUGUAUUCCCCGAUGGGUACAGAAGGAGCCGGCAUAUGAGGCCCACAAGUCAGAUGAAGGUUGAUAAGACACCCAUUGAAAGCGGCGAGGCCUGUGGGCUCGUAUCUGCUGAAAGAUUACUGAAACGGAAAAUAGAACUUCGCGGGCCAGAGUCGGAAGGCAGCCCGGAGAAGAGGCAUUCCGUUAGCCCCCAGAGCCAAGCAUCGGUUUCGCCCGAGCUCGUUUGUUGCUCUACCCUUUCUGAAACAAUAAAAGAGAAGGUUGCAAUCAACGGGCCAUUUCCUUUUAUGAACGGAAUGAUUCAGGAAGUGGGCACUAUGGUUCAACAGCAGGUGUCCAGGGGGUUGGAUGGGUGUGAGAAACAGCUUGCUGCUAUAGAAAACGAGACAGGUGCAGGUUUGAUGACAUCAGACCCGGGUAUGCACUUCAAUGCUGAUAAAGGUUGCCUGUCUGUGGCGAAUGAACAGAUGAUAUUGGAUAAUGAACGUGAGAAUGGCGCUUCUAUUUUGGGAGAUGGAUUACGGGAGCAGUUAGAGCCUAAUGCCGCCCUCUCAAGGGUCCUUCAAUCUGGAGAUGGAGUCAGUUCGGAGCCAGUAGAGAAGAACGUGAUGAGCAGCAGGUUUAGUCUUGCUUCGACUGCAUGA